GUGCAUGGAUAGUGAUCUCCAUCCAAUGCAUGACAGAGUAGACAGUGAGAUGGAGAUUGUGCUAGUGACACAAAGCACAGCUCAACUGAUGUAUGGGACAGAAAGGCCAACAAAAGGUCACAGGUGAUUAGAUAGCCAAGAGCUCUGUUGACAUCACCUCUGGCAUCAUUCGCUACUUAAUCACAACUUUCCUUUUUCUCUAUGUGCAUUGUUGCCCCUAAAGGUCUCUGGUCUUAUCUCUGGGCAUGACAAAGAGUGGAGGUGAGUUGAGGUGCUUCUCCGAGAUGCUGAGGCCUAUAUAAGGUGGGGUCUGUCCAGAAUGAAGCACAAACCACAGACACCUCAAGCAAUUUCCAGCCUUUGAGACACCUACGACAUCUUUUCCCUCACAACAUGUGGAAGGCAGCACUCUUGACCCUGGGCUUGUUGGUGGCGUUGGUGGGCAGGGUGCGGCCCAAUGAUGGCCAUCCCUCUUUCUAUGGGGUGAAACUGUGUGGAAGAGAGUUCAUACGAGCUGUCAUCUUUACCUGUGGUGGUUCUCGCUGGCGGAGAAGCGUAGGAGACUCAGCUCUUAUUGGAGAAGAGGCCUUUGACCUGUGGAACACAAAUCCCAUCCCUCAACUUGCCAGUGAGCAGGAUCCUGCAGAAUCCCAAGCAUGGAGAGAACAAACACCAAAUGUGGCAUCUGUGGCUGCUGGAUUCAGCCGCUCAGCUCGCUCGCCAAUCUCAGAGGAGGUGCUGGAGGCUCUACGGAGUGCAGAUAGGAAAGGACGGGAUGUAGUGGUUGGACUGUCCAACGCUUGCUGCAAGUGGGGCUGUAGCAAGAGUGAAAUCAGCUCUCUCUGCUGAACCUUGUUUAAUAAAUACACUUGUACUUGUGAUUCCUUAAUUUCUCCCCAUCCCACUUACCAGCCAUGUGUUGAUAUUGAUACAGAAAUGUGACUCUGUACUCAAAAUGUGUUUUCUGUGAUUAUCACAGAUUGAUAUAUAUGUUUAAUAAAGCUUUGUGUAGUUGGU